CUGAACAAUUUACUAUUUUUCAUGAACCCAUUAUUUACAAAAUAAGACAUCUUGUUCUUCACCGUGAAAUUGUGUUUUGUUGUUCUGUUAAACUGCUAUUGGAAUUUGAACAUUCAAUACUAUUAUUUAUUAAUUUAUUGAGUUUGUGAUAGUUUGGUAGAGAUGUUGUAGCUUGUAGGCUACCUCUGUACCUUUUGAGCGUUGAUAGUAGGCUAGGUUAUGUUGUUUGUUUAGUCAAUUCUCUUAUUAAACCUAUUGCUUUCUUAGUUUAUUAUUAAAUUAAAUUUACAAUAAAACUAUUCAUUAUGGCAGAAACAGUCAAUGUGAUUACCGAAGACCCACGCGAUGAAUUAUUAUUGAUGCAAAAGCUGGAACUCUGCACAAAGGCUGAAAUUGAGAAAAUUAAAAAAAAGAGAGCAGAUUUCGAAUGCAAGUUGGCUCGUAACCCGAAGAAGAAAGAAGACAUUCUGCAGUACAUCGACUAUGAGAUAACCAUGGUCAUGAUGGUUCGAGCGAGAAAAGUGCAAAAGAAACUACCGUCAAGCAAAUCCCGUAUUGAAAUUAGUAUCGCUAACCGUGUAAAAAAGUUGUUCAAUGAAGCAAUACUAAGAUAUCCCAACGAUCUUAAAAUAUGGAUUUCCUACAUCAAAUUCUGCAAGGAAAUUGAAUUCUAUGCGUCGGGAAGAGAAGUGUUUGUUCAGCUGCUGAAUAUUCACGGCAACAUACCGAGCCUGUUCAAGUUCGCGGCCAACUGGGAGCUGGAGGCGUGUAAGAGCAUUGAAAAGGCGCGCAAGCAUCUGCAGGAUGGACUGCUCCUCCACGCCGACUCUGUAAUGCUGCACCUUGAGCUGUUCCGGCUCCAAUUGAUACACAUUAAUAAAACACUCAACGAAAAACAAGAUAAUAGCUGUCUGCCGGUCCCAGAUGAUAUCCAGACCUUGGAUGAUAUCUACGAUGCAGCAAUGAGCAAAAUCAACAACCUGCCAUUCAUGGUUGAUCUGCUGGAAUGCGCUAAGCCCUACGAGUUCACCGGCAAUCUACAGAACAAAAUCGUAUCUGAUAUGCAGACAAAAUUCCCCAAUGAAGAACUCACUUGGGAUACUGCUGCCAAAAUGGCUCUGCAUUCAUCCUCUAAGAAGAAAUGUCUUACAAAAGAAAAUUUAAGCAACUGUAUCAGUGUGUAUAGAACAGCAGUGAAAACGGUGAACACAGAGAAAAUGUGGAGUAUGUACGCGAACAUGUUGAUCGACCUUCAGAGCGGUAAAGCUAGCUUCUCGAGCAAAGAUAAUGACGAGAUCUACUUUCAGCAAUGGUUGGAGAAGCUGAGAACAGACGUGCUAAAGCUGCCAAAGAGAGACGACAUGAAGUUAGACGUAAAGCAAGUGGAUGCUGCAUCUGGCAGUCAGGACGACGAAUCUGCUGAUCUUGCACUUCAGGAGUUUAGCAAGAAGUGGCUGCGAGUGGUGCUGCAGGAGGCAACGGAGAACAUGAGCGACAGUGUUGCACUGUGGGAGCUGCGCAUGCGCAUGCACCUGGUGUGGGGCGAGGUGGAGGGGGCGACCGCUAUCUUUGACGAGGCCAACCGCGCUCUGCAGGGUGCUGCGUUGCCGCUUUGGAAACAAAUGCUGCUCUACUGGAUGGCCAACGACGAGACCAAGCAAAAGUCCAAGGUUGAAGGAUUGCUGAAGAAAGGCACCAGUAUGAAGGAACAGCCAGACAUCUGCAACCCUUUGAAGGUGAUUUGGUUGGAGCGGAUUGCUGUGUCGAAGGGCAUUCAGGCCGCCCGCAAGUUUUACUUCGAAAUUGUGAAGCAAUCUCCUCGCUGCCUAGAACUGCAUCACAGGAUGAUGCAGCUAGAGGAAAUGCAGCCUGAGUGCAACGUCAAAUAUAGUCGCAUGUACCACAUUCUCGCUUGCAUUGAUUUCGGCACCGAUAGAACAGAUGUUUGGAUGGACUAUCUGCGAUUUGAGAAGCGGUACGGCAAACAUUCACAGAUGGCAGAUGUAUAUCACCAGGCCUGCCAGAAGCUCAACAAGUCACUAGUUGAGCAAUUCAAGGAUGAAUACAAUCAACUCAAUCAAUAAAUUCACUCCUCAAAGACCGACUUUACACAUUUCAAAUAAAAAAUUUGUUUGCUUUGUUUGACGUAAGAACAUACUUCAAUUUUUUACAAUAACAUGGAUAAUAUUUAUUCUCAAAGCAACAUUCUAGGAAAGUCUAAUUCUAAAACAUUCUUUUUGAUUUUAACAAAUUGAACAAAAUAAUAUAAUGUUAACAUUUUUAACGAUUUCAGCUGAAAAAAAAACUAUUGAAUUAUUUUAUAAACUUGGUUCUGUACUCUGUGUAUUUUUAAA